UCAUGCUGCUGCCAGGUCCAGAGUCUCUCAUGGGUCCCUGUACGGCCUCCCAUUGCUGCUGUCUCCAUCGCCACACUCUGCCAUGUGCCACUUUCAGGUCUCCUCACACUGCUGGUGUGUUCAUUUUUUUGUCAUAGGGUGCUGGCAGAUUACGGGCCUCCCAUAGCUGCUGCCAGGCCCCUAAUCUGCCAUGGGCCCCUCUAUACCGCCUCCUCAUGCUGCUGCCAAGUCCAGAGUCUCUCAUGGGUCCCUGUACGGCCUCCCAUUGCUGCUGUCUCCAUCGCCACACUCUGCCAUGUGCCACUUUCAGGUCUCCUCACACUGCUGGUGUGUUCCAUUUUUUGU